AUGGAAAGGAGGACUCUCUCUGUCUUACUAUUAUUGGCAAAGUUUCAAAUCAAAGAAAUUGAUGUUACUGUUGGUAUUGCAGGUGAGCCGAAUUUGAGGUUAUGGUGUUGGAGGUUGAUCUGUGAACUCAUGGUGAUGGGUGGUUUAGGAAGAAGGAGAUACACUUUACAGAUGGUUGUUGCAGAAAUUUUUGUUACUCUUGUGAUUCUUAAGGAUAUGUCAGUUUGCAGCAAGAGAAAUACGGAAGUUUCUAGAGUUGAGAUAUACACUUUGGGUUCAGAUUCAUGGAAAACAUCCAUGUCUUGCAUUCCGUAUAAACUUUCUGGAGAAGAGCCUGGUGUGUUUGUAAAUGGAGCUCUCCACUGGUUAGCAAAUACGUUUACAAGUAAUAACAACUAUAAACCACGAGUUAUAGUUUCUUUCGACUUGGAAGAAGAAAUAUUCAAAGAAAUACCACUACCUGAAGAAGUACGUAUGGACGAUUUCGAUUAUAGAUUUGUUGAUGUGUUGAGAGGUUGCCUUUGUUUGCUUUGUAGCGUGUCUAAGGUUGGUUUUGUGAUAUGGGAGAUGAAGAAUUAUGGGGUUAGAAAGUCUUGGACUAAACUGUACAAGACUGACCCACAACUGAUGAUGGCACUGGAUAUCCCAACUUAUCACUACAUAAGAAGCGCAGUGUUUUUACAGAAUGGUGAAAUCCUAUUACAAAUUCGAUUACAUGAUGGUCAGAGGUAUUCAUCAUCUUUCGAAUGGCAGAAGAGAUCAACUGUUGUGAGAAUAUGCUGGGAAGACAUCAUCAUAACAUAA